GGGAUUUCCGAUUACGUAAUUCACCGGAUGUCCGCCAUUUCGGAGGCUAGCUGAUAAACCGAUAAUGCGAUACGCUGAAUGAACAGACACAAAAGCUGAUUUAACUUUCUGAUUUUAUGUGAUACAUAUCGACAAAAUGGUUUUGAAAUGUGCAAUUAUUGGUUGUUCGAAUAGAAAGGACCGUGAAAAGGACUUGAAUUUCUAUAGACUUCCAGCAGUGAUAAAAAAUCAAGGCUCUGAAUGUGAGAAACUGAGCGAGGACCGGCGUCGUGAAUGGUUAGCCAAAAUUAACCAGAACUUCGAAAAUAAAAAUCUGGAUAAUGUCAGGGUGUGUUCAGUCCAUUUUUUAAGCGGGAAAAAAGCAGGGCUGUAUGACCGUAACAACCCAGAUUGGUGUCCUACAUUACGUCUCGGAGGAAAUCAAGAACAUGAAGAUGUGUCGGUUGAGACAGGGACUACGCCUAGUAUCAGCCGGUAUAACCGAAUGAAAGAGAGGAAGCGUCGCAAACUGGAGCUUUUCGCUGAAACUACGAAAGAGCCCGACGUCUCUGUGUCUGAACAGACAGACGAAGACGAUAAGGACAUGUCAUGUCAGACUGAAAUGGAUGGAAACUACCUUCGUGCCAUGGACAGUGAAAUUAAUGCUCUUAGACAGGAAAAUGAAACAUUACGGAAAAACUGUGAGAAAAAUGACCGCAGGUUUUCACCAAAAGACUUUGAAGACAACGAUGAGAAAGUUAAAAACCUGACUGGACUUGCCACAUUUGCUUUACUUAUGACACUGUUUAAUUACCUUGAGCCAUUCUUGCAAAACAUGGAUGUUUUGGACAAAUUUAGAUGUCUAGUUCUCACACUCAUGCGGUUAAGACUGAAUUUAUCAGUGCUUUUCUUGUCGUACGAUUUCGACAUUUCGAAGGCUUCUGUCUCUAGGAUAUUUUCAAGUGUUAUUGAUGUGAUGUAUUUACGGAUGAAACCAUUCGUUCAUUGGCCAGACCGCGAGUCAUUACAGUUGACAAUGCCAAUGCAGUUUCGAAAAAAACUUUGGACGUAAAUGUGCUGUUAUCAUAGAUUGUUUUGAAGUAAACAUAGAGCGACCAUCUAAUCUGAAAGCGCGUGCAGAAACCUGGUCCUCAUACAAACAUCAUAACACCAUCAAAUUUCUUAUAGGUAUCACACCACAAGGAACUGUUUCUUUCAUAUCUAAAGCUUGGGGCGGAAGAGUUAGCGAUAAAUAUAUUACAGAGCACAGCGGCUUUCUUGAUAAGUUAUUACCUGGUGAUCUUAUAUUAGCCGACAGAGGGUUCGAUAUACGAGACAGUGUAGGAAUAAUGUGUGCCCAAGUGAAUAUCCCUGCUUUCACAAAGGGGAGAGACCAGCUUUCUCCGGUUGAUUUGGAAACCACAAGAAAAUUGGCUAAUGUACGUAUACACGUGGAACGUGUUAUUGGGACUGUCAGACAAAAAUACACAUUUUUGAACGGAACAAUUCCUAUCAGUUUUCUUAAUUCCGGACAAGCGGGUGUAGUAACAGUGAUCGACAAAAUAGCUCAUGUCUGUUGUUCUCUAGUUAACAUGAAUGACUCAGUUGUUUGUUUUGAGUGAAAUGCUUCUCAUUGAUUGUUUAUAUGGACUGAUUCUCAUUUAUAAGAGCAAGAGUAAUCAAUAUUACACUUUGAAAGGAACAUAAAUAUUUAUUGAAUGCAUAUAUACAUACAUGUAUUGAGAAUAAUCAAAAUAAAAACCAUUAGAAGAGCAACAAAGAUUUUAAUAUUUAGAGGUUUAACCGUAUCAAUUUUUCAUAAAUAAAUACUGUACAUAUAAAUGUGUGGCAAAUAUUCAACCCAAAUCAUGUUAGUAAACAUUAUUGCAAUUAAUUCAGGAAACGUGUACUGUACAUUGUACAAUAUCCGAUAUUGAGGUUUCAAACAUGUUUUAGAAUAUUGCUCUAAUGUUUGAUUGUACUAUCUUAUUAUUUGAGUCAUGUUCUGAGAAAACUAGGUAUAGUGCAUGUGCGUAGUGUCGCCCCAGAUUAGCCUGUGCAGUCUGCACUGGCGAAUAAGGGAUGACACUGUCUUCCUCAAUUGGAUGUUUGCUAAGAAGAGACUUCAUUUUAACAGCAACUGUCAUAAAUUAGAAAAAGGCCUUCGCGAAUAAGCCUGUGCAGACUGAACAGUCUGAUCUGAGACGACACUUUAAGUACAUGCAUAAAGCCCAGUUUGCUCAGAACG